ACUCAUUGCUCGAUCUACACUCUCUACAAAACUCCAUCUCCCCCUUGGCUCCCUUCUCCAGUUCAAAAACGCUUUGACAGACAAAAAUGGCAGCACCGAAAACAGUAUCAGAGGAUGGAUCAUCAUCAUCAUCAUCAAGCCCUGACAACAGCCUGCAGGUUUCGCAGUACGAAGAUGCUGCAACCCAAUCACCAUUGGCCCGACGUCUCUUCCAAUCAUUCCACCACCAUUACCCCUCUGGCUUUCUCAGGAAGGUGUUGGCAGAGGUUAUAGCAACGUAUCUGUUGGUAUUCGUGACAUGUGGGGCGGCAGCUAUUAGUAACUCCGACGAGCACAGAGUGUCAAAACUGGGGGCUUCCGUCGCCGGCGGGCUAAUAGUGACGGUGAUGAUCUAUGCCGUGGGACACAUCUCCGGGGCACACAUGAAUCCUGCCGUCACCACUGCUUUUGCCGCCGUUAGACACUUCCCCUGGAAACAGGUGCCAUUUUAUGCAGCAGCCCAACUGGGAGGAGCAAUUGCAGCCAGCUUCACCCUUCGAGUUCUGCUUCACCCCAUCGAAAACGUCGGCACCACCUCCCCCGCCGGCUCAGAAUUCUGGGCUCUCGUCAUGGAGAUCGUCGUCACUUUCUCGAUGAUGUUCGUCACCUCCGCCGUAGCCACCGACACCAAAGCUGUUGGAGAGCUGGCAGGCAUGGCAGUUGGUUCAGCUGUAUGCAUAACGUCAAUCUUGGCCGGACCGGUUUCAGGAGGGUCGAUGAACCCGGCAAGGACACUCGGACCGGCUAUUGCUAGCUCACACUAUAAAGGGUUAUGGGUGUACCUGGUUGGACCCAUAACCGGAACCAUGCUGGGAGCUUUGUCGUACAAUUGCAUCAAAGUGGCCGAUACGGACCCCUCAGCCGCCAUUUCUCCACGGUCCUUCUCGUUGAAGCUUAGAAGAAUGAAGAACAGCAAUGUUGCUCCAAACAGAGACCCUUUUGAGGAUCUCUAAACCGAUUAGAUUAGAGGUGCCAUGAUCACUCUCCUCCUGUAAAGAAAAGAAAAGAAAAGCA